AUGGCGGACGAGGGGGCCGCCGACGUGAGCGGCCUCUUCACGGGCGAAUGGAGCGAGCCAGAGGAGGUGGCGUACACCCCACGCGACCUGCUGCUCUACGCUGUUGGCAUCGGCUGCGGGCAGGCCGGGUCGGCGCGCUACGCCGACCUGCGGUACGUCUACGAGCAGGAGCUGAAUUUCGCCGCGUUCCCCACGUACCCGUUCUGUCUUGAGUCAGAAGGGGACCACACACGACGUCGACACUCGAGCAAGCUCGAGCUCAUACCUUGGGCUCGAGCCGAUGACCAAGGGCUUCUCCAUGCUGCAGGGCCUUCCCAUCAGAGGAACCAGCGUUGUUGGAGUUGA